AUGUCCUGUUCCGGAUGCUCCAACGCUGUGAACCGAGUCCUUCAGAAGAAGGAGGGUGUCACCUCUGUCGACAUCGACCUUGAGAAGCAGUCUGUGCUCGUCAAGACAGACGACGCCGUCUCCUACGACGACGUUCUCGCCACCAUCGCCAAGACCGGCAAGAAGGUCAACGGUGGUCAGGUCAUUGCCUAA